AUGUCGGGUAUAGGCUGGUCUAAGUUGACGUUAAAUGAAUUAAAAGACUUGUGUAUGUCAUGCAGUUUAUCUAGUGUAGGGAAUAAGGAGGACCUUAGUGAUAGGUUCCAGGCAUAUUUCGGGAAGAAUAAAGGAAAGGCUACAGACAAGAGUGAAGUAGAGGAUGAUGAAGAUUUGGAUGACAUUAUCGAAGUACCCAGAAUUGAUGCGGAUGAAAGGAAUUGGGAUAAUGGAAGGGAUGCUGACCUUGAGUUGGAUGACAUGCGUGCAUAUUCACAGGAAGCAGACAAUAGGAUUAAAGAUGAGUUAGUAGGUCAUUCCCAAGGAAGAGAGAAGGCAGAACAAAUAACAGUUGAUAUGUUUCUGUCAGCGAUGGGUAAAAUUGAAAUGAAGAUGGAAAGAAAUUUUUCUGCUCUACAUAGAGAAAUAGAGGAGUGUGAUUUAUUGGAUGAAGCAUAG